AUGGUACCACAGCCUUCCCGGACCACCACCGUCGUGUGGGUUGCCAACCGAGACAACCCAAUCACCGCCCCUUUGUCCGCCAAGCUCAUCAUCACUAACAGUUCUCAAAUGGUAUUGUUUGACUCCAGAGGCCACAAUAUUUGGAUGACACCAAGCAAUAACACUGCUGGAGCGCCAGGAGCUUACGCGGAACUAAGCAACUCUGGGAACUUUGUUCUCCGGUUGCCAAGUAACACUGACAUAUGGCAGAGUUUUGAUCACCCAACCGACACAAUCCUUGCAGGCAUGAAGUUUUUGGUGAGCCACAAGGCACAAGUCAUCACGCAGCUUGUUGCUUGGAAGGGCCCGGAUGAUCCAUCUUCUGGGGACUUCUCAGUCAGCGGCGAGCCUAGCGCCCCAGACCUUCAACUUGUCACUUGGAAAAAAACUAGGCCAUACUGCCGCACUGUGUGGAACGGUGUGUCAGUGUCCGGUGGCACAUAUCUAUCAAACACCAGCUCCAUCCUUUAUCAGACGGUUGUCAACUCUGGAGACGAGUUCUACUUCACGUACGCAAUCUCCGACAACUCGGUGUACACACGCGUCAUGCUUGAUUAUACUGGCAAGUACAGGUCUCUAGCAUGGAACAAUCACUCGUCAUCAUGGUCACUCAUCAGUGAAUACCCCACUGCUGCAUGCGAGCUCUACGCCUCAUGUGGCCCAUUCAGUUACUGUGACUUGACUCAAAUGGUCCCAACUUGCCAAUGUCUUGAGGGGUUUGAGACUGUCAAUGCUGCAAAUUUUUCUAAUGGAUGUCGGAGAAAGCAAGGGUUGAAAUGUGGCAAUCAAAGUCAUUUCGUGGCCUUGCCUGGGAUGAAAGUUCCUGACAAGGUCUUGCAUAUACACAACAGAAGCUUGGAUGAGUGCGAGGCUGAGUGCAGGCGCAACUGCUCAUGUGCAGCUUACGCUUAUGCUAACUUGAGCGGGGCCAUAGGUAUGGCUGACCCGUCAAGGUGCUUGGUAUGGUUAGGGGAGCUUGUCGACAUUUGA